AUGGGCCACACCGGCUGGCAGGGCAAAGGGCUGAAUUCUCCACACAAAAGGACCAUCCUGUUGUCACCCACCAACCUGUCCCCCUGCCAGGGCUUGUCCCUGCUCAGCCCCCAGCCGCGCGCGUGCCUUGCAGAGUCUCACCAGAAGAGGGAACAGUUUGGAGAGCUCCUGACGUCAGGCUGGAAUUCCUUUUGUGCUCCUGACGGCUCGCCGGAGCCCAAGUUCGCUCCGCGCGCUCCUCCCGGCUGCGGGGGGCCGGCCGCCCGCACUCGCCCGGCGCGGGGGGCGCCCGCGGGGCCGCGGCAGCUCGGAGACCCCCGCGCCGCCCGCGCGCCCCGGCGGAGGACCGAGCCCGCCGCGCGCCCGGAGCGCCUUCCCGCGGGAAGCCGAGCCCGGCGGCGGAUCGCGCGGCCGGGGGGCCGGGGUGAGUGCCCGGGGCGGGACCCGCGACCGCGAGAGCCGCCCCGCGCCCCGCCCGCCCGCGCGCCCCGGCGCCCGGAUGCCCGCGCGGAGCCCCGCCGGGCGCUCGCCUCCCCCGCGGCGCGCCCCGGCCCGCGGCUGCCGCCCGUGACCGCCCCCCGCGCGCGCGGCGCCCACCCGGCUUCCCUCGAGGGCCGGCCGCGCUCCCGGGACCCCCGCAUCGCCGGCCGCGGCUGCAGGCCCGAGCCCGAGCCCGAGCCCCAGCCCGAGCCCCAGCCCGAGCCCGGCAGCCAGGACUCCCGGGCGGGCGACGACAUCGAGAUCGUCGUCAACGUGGGGGGCGUGCGGCAGGUGCUGUACGGAGACCUGCUCAGCCGGUACCCCGAGACGCGGCUGGCGGAGCUCAUCCACUGCCUGGCGGGGGGCUACGACACCAUCUUCUCCCUGUGCGACGACUACGACCCGGGCAAGCGCGAGUUCUACUUCGACCGCGACCCCGACGCCUUCAAGUGUGUCAUCGAGGUGUACUACUUCGGGGAGGUGCACAUGAAGAAGGGCAUCUGCCCCAUCUGCUUCAAGAACGAGAUGGACUUCUGGAAGGUGGACCUCAAGUUCCUCGACGACUGCUGCAAGAGCCACCUGAGCGAGAAGCGCGAGGAGCUGGAGGAGAUCGCGCGCCGCGUGCAGCUCAUCCUGGACGACCUGGGCGUGGACGCGGCCGAGGGCCGCUGGCGCCGCUGCCAGAAGUGCGUCUGGAAGUUCCUGGAGAAGCCCGAGUCGUCGUGCCCGGCGCGGGUGGUGGCCGUGCUGUCCUUCCUGCUCAUCCUCAUCUCCUCCGUGGUCAUGUGCGUGGGCACCAUCCCCGAGCUGCAGGUGCAGGACGCCGAGGGCAACCGCGUGGAGCACCCGACGCUGGAGAACGUGGAGACGGCGUGCAUCGGCUGGUUCACGCUGGAGUACCUGCUGCGCCUCUUCGCCUCGCCCAACAAGCUGCACUUCGCCCUGUCCUUCAUGAACAUCGUGGACGUGCUGGCCAUCCUGCCCUUCUACGUGAGCCUCACGCUCACGCACCUGGGCGCGCGCAUGAUGGAGCUGACCAACGUGCAGCAGGCGGUGCAGGCCCUGCGCAUCAUGCGCAUCGCGCGCAUCUUCAAGCUGGCCCGCCACUCGUCGGGGCUGCAGACCCUCACCUACGCCCUCAAGCGCAGCUUCAAGGAGCUGGGGCUGCUGCUCAUGUACCUGGCCGUGGGCAUCUUCGUCUUCUCUGCCCUGGGCUACACCAUGGAGCAGAGCCACCCGGAGACCCUGUUUAAGAGCAUCCCGCAGUCCUUCUGGUGGGCCAUCAUCACCAUGACCACCGUGGGCUACGGAGACAUCUACCCCAAGACCACGCUGGGCAAGCUCAACGCGGCCAUCAGCUUCCUGUGCGGGGUCAUCGCCAUCGCCCUGCCCAUCCACCCCAUCAUCAACAACUUCGUCAGGUACUACAACAAGCAGCGGGUCCUGGAGACCGCGGCCAAGCACGAGCUGGAGCUGAUGGAGCUCAACUCCAGCGGUGCCGGGGAGGGCAAGGCAGGGGGCUCCCGCGGUGACCUGGACAACCUCCCGCCCGAGCCUGCCAGCAAGGAGGGCCCGAGCUGGAGCAGCCGCCUGAAGAUCUCCCACAGCGACACCUUCAUCCCCCUCCUGACCGAGGAGAAGCACCAUAGGACCCGGCUCCAGAGCUGCAAGUGACGGGCAUCGAGGCCCGGAGGACGGUGGGACGGGUGUGACGAGCCAGGCAGGGACUGCCCGGAGGGACUGAACUUUGCCCCCCAACCCUCUCCUGAACAGGACUCUGAAGGCCCCCUUGGGCUCCUGUGAUGAGGCUGGGUAAGACCCCUUUGUGUUGUCCAGGAGCGGGGUGAGGGAGGGGUGUCCGGAGGUCACGGGCAGCACGGGCGAUGGAGGCCACGGCCUGGCGGACGGCAGGAGCCUCACCCAGUUCUGUAUCCCCUUCAAUAAAGCCUCCUGCUCCGUGCACCC